AUGGCCACUUCCACUGGGACCGGGUGGGCUCAGCUCCGGCAGCAGGCCCGCUCGCUCGAGACUCAGACCGAAAGUCUGUUCCACACCUACUCGCAGUAUGCAUCGAUGGCGAAGCUACCCCCGAAGCCCUCGGAGGAAGAACAACGGGUCGAAUCGCAGCUGAAAGACCUCCUUGAAAGGCGUGAUUCCCUCAUUUCCCAGCUCUCCCGUCUCCUCGACUCCGAAGCCACCCUCACCGCAUCUGCUCUGAAACAGAACAACCUCACCCGUCAUCGCGAAGUCCUCCACGAUCAUCGUCGGGAACUUCAGCGCCUGAACUCCGCCAUCGCAGAGUCUCGCGACCGGGCCAACCUGCUGUCCAACGUCCGCUCUGAUAUCGAUGCCUACCGCGCCUCGAACCCUGCUGCGGCCGAGGCAGACUACAUGCUCGAGGAGCGAGGUCGGAUAGACGAAAGCCACAACAUGAUCGAUGGAGUAUUGAGCCAGGCAUAUGCGAUCAACGAGAAUUUUGGAUUGCAGCGUGAGACAUUGGCCAGCAUCAAUCGACGCAUCGUUGGUGCUGCGAAUAGGGUGCCCGGGAUGAAUGCUCUCAUUGGCAAAAUCGGAACCAAGAGGAGACGAGAUGCGAUCAUCUUGGGAGCGUUCGUCGGGUUCUGCUUCCUGAUGCUAUUUUUCUUCCGAUGA